AUUCAAAGCUACUGUUUAGAGAUAGAGCGUACAGUUAGAAAUCGUAGCGUUUUUGUAUCACAGUUUUCAAUACAAGCUACAAUUCGCGCUUCCGCUUUCAUUCGGCCCUGUUCCCAUGGGUACUGAGGAGCAGAACGAAGGUUCCUGUUCAAUUUUUUGGAAAAUUAGAAAACGAACCGGCUCUUCCUAAUUCUGUCAUGAUUAUAAAAUUCGUUUAAAAUUUGAACUGCUUUUCAUAAGAUUAGUAGACGCAGAAUUGCAUAGUAGUGUUCAAUAUAGGUCAAGAAAGGUAAAUUUUACUACAUGCCAUCAUCGUUCUUUCCCGGUGAGAAAAGGCACUAAAUGCAGUCCUGCUGGAAAUGCCAGGGAACUUCGCGUCCAUUUCUGCUGCGUACUCGUGACAAGUGUAACAACGUCCCUGCCACUGCUGGAUUUGCUCCGUGUAGUCCGUCUGUCCUUCUGUCUGUCUGUUCUGGACCACCUGAGUCUCGCCUCACUCCAUGGAGAGCCCGGUAAAUGGCUGAGGAGUUGUGUACUGGCUGGUUCCGCAUUGUCGCAGGCUCGUUGGAGAUUGAGGAAUGCAAAUCUGCAAUCAUGAUGGAAGGAUUGAAAAAGCGUACAAGGAAGGCCUUUGGGAUACGGAAGAAAGAGAAGGACACUGAUUCUACGGGAUCUCCAGACAGAGAUGGGAGUGAACCUCAAGAGACUGAAUCGUCACAGAAGAAGACUAAUGGGGCACCAAAUGGGUUCUAUGGAGAGAUUGACUGGGAACGAUAUAACUCCCCCGAGCUGGACGAAGAAGGAUACAGCAUUAGACCAGAGGAAGAUGAAGGAGCCGUCCAAAAAACCAAGACUCACUUUUUUUCAUCCAGUGAGUCAGAGGAAGAGGAGGACCAUCGGAAGAGGUUCAAGAUCAAGAUCAAACCUUUACCUGCAGACAACUCAAACUGUACGGAACCUACAGUAGAUGAACUAAAAGCUUCCAUAGGCAACAUAGCACUGUCUCCCUCUCCACUGGUGAGUCCUCCCUUACGUAGCCCGGGCCUGAUGAAAAGAAAUAUUUCCAGUGAGGAGAUUGCAAGGCCAAGACGCUCCACACCCACAGCAACCCCCGCACCAGGCCCUGCUCCAGACCCCCCGAGUAAGACGUCUCCUGUACCAGAGGAUGCAACUGCCUUAUUUGGGCCACCGCUGGAGACAGCCUUUGAAGCACAGAAAACAGAAGUGAUUAUAGGUGAAUCAGAAGUGUGGGGCGUGCAUGUAUCCGAGUCGCACCCCGACUCUCCUUUGGCAAGAGCCUUUCCCUCCGGAACUCCACCUCCGCUUCCUCCCAAGAAUGUCCCAGCCACGCCCCCUCCCUGCGGCUCCCCCCCAGCAGACUCUUCUGUGGUCUCACAAGAUGAAGAUGGCAAUGAACCCGCCUCCGGUCCCCAGGAACACCCUUCUGAGGGGGGGAGAAAGGCGUCCAUCGCUGACUUGGACAACAUCUUUGGUCCAGUGCAGGGCGGCAAGCCUGAGGAGGAGGCCGCAGAGAACAAAUGGGUCUGCUUCUCCGACGAGUCGCCGGAGAAGCCGCUGCCUCCCCAGGACGCCGCCCCGCCUCUUCCCACCCACCCGCCCCCGGACUCGCCCCCCCGCCUCCCUCCGGGCCCCCCUCCGGAGGAGGCGUCGCACUCUCCCGCCAGCCCUCCUCCUCCGACAGAUGCGUCCGCACGCAGCAUCCCUCCGCCACUGGUCUUGGGCGAGGAGGAUAAGCAGGGCCCGGAGGCGUCGGCGCCGAGGGAGGACCCGGCCGAGUCCACGGCCUCGCCCAAAGAGCACGCUCAGGGGCCCCGUGCCACGCCUCCCCCUCCACCCCCUCCCACGUACCGAGCAGUGGUGUCUUCGCCCGGGCCCUGCUCUGGAACAGGCCCUGGCAGCGGCUCCAACUCCCCAGCUCGCCCUGCUACACCAUUGUCUGGAAGCAGCCCGACUCCGCCCCCUCCUCCUCCUCGGCCGCCCUCCAGACCCAAACUGCCUCCUGGGAAACCGAGCGUCGGGGAUGUGACCCGGCCGUUCAGUCCUCCCGUCCACUCCUCCAGCCCCCCACUCGUAAUCGCCCCCCUGGCGCGAGCGGAGAGCACCUCCUCCAUAUCCUCCACCAACUCGCUGAGCGCCGCCACCACGCCCACCGUCGGUAAAGAGCUCUCCAUUUCUGUGUCAGAGAAUGACCAACCUUCCCUGGUAUGGUUUGACAGAGGAAAGUUUUAUUUAACCUUUGAAGGCUGUUCCCGAGGGCCCAGCCCCCUCACCAUGGGUGCCCAGGACACCCUGCCUGUGGCAGCCGCCUUCACCGAAACGGUUAACGCCUACUUCAAAGGAGCAGACUCCAGCAGGUGUGUGGUGAAGAUCACGGGGGAGAUGGUGCUGUCCUUUCCAGCCGGGAUAACCAGGCACUUUGCCAAUAACCCCUCCCCGGCCAUCCUAACAUUCAGCAUAACAAACUACAGCCGGCUGGAGCAUGUCCUGCCUAACCCCCAGCUGCUGUGCUGCGAUAGCACACAAUCCAGUGCUGACUCCAAGGAAUUUUGGGUGAAUAUGCCGAACCUCAUGAUCCAUUUAAAGAAAGUUGCUGAGCAGAAGCCCCAGGCGACAUACUACAAUGUUGAUAUGCUGAAAUAUCAGGUAUCUGCCCUGGGUAUCCAGUCCACGCCACUGAACCUGGCGGUCAACUGGCGGUGUGAACCCACGACCACGGAUCUCAGAAUAGAUUACAAAUACAACGGGGAUGCCAUGACCACGCCCGUGGCCCUCCACAACGUCCAGUUCCUGGUCCCCGUGGACGGAGGAGUGACCAAACUCCAGGCGGUGCUUCCCCCGGCUGCUUGGAAUGCGGAACAACAAAGAAUCCUGUGGAAGAUCCCUGAGAUUUCACUGAAGUCUGAAAAUGGAGGUGUGGGAUCGCUGCUGGCCCGGUUCCAGCUGACAGAGGGGCCCAGCAAGCCUUCAGCCCUGGCGCUCCAGUUCACCAGCGAGGGCAGCACUCUGUCAGGCUGCGACAUCCAGCUGGUGGGAGGUGGAUACAGGUUCUCCCUCAUCAAAAAGAGGUUUGCUGCAGGAAAAUACAUGGCUGACAAUUGAUCAGCACUACUGAACAAUGCAAUGAAGACCAUCUCAUUGGGUUGUGCAAGAAAUUUAUGGACCAUUCAGAUUGCUCAACAACAGAAACACUGUUAACCUUUAUAAAAAAUUGCAUAAUGAAGACAAGUCCAACAGUAUUAUAUAACAUGAAAAUAGAAUUGUGGAGAUUUUUAGGGUUUAAUUAUUGUUCUUGUAAUAUGUACAAUUUCAGAGUAUCUAUAUUGCAGGAAACACCUGGCUUUAUUUUUGAGAUUAGCAACUGUUUUCCUCUUACAGUGUUGGUCAGCCUUUUCACUACAAUGGCUUAAUAUGGCCAAUAGCCACUGGUUUCUUCUGGGUCAUGCAUUACAUCAUACUGAAUCCUGCGAAGGCUUCAGUUUACAUUGAUAUGGUCAUAUAGGGGUUCUUUGUGUAAUACCACAGCACAGACCUCUAAUAGGUUGUGGGUUAAUUCAUGAGUUCACAGGGAGGUGACAGUAUUUCUGUCAGUGAUAUGUUAUGGGGGAAAGAUUUAUGCUUAUGCCUUUGAGUGCCCUUAACGAAUUCAAAUUGAUCAAGAGAAAAAAGCACUUUGUACAUUUAAUAUGUUUUCCAUUAAAGCAUGGGUUACCAAUAGCCAAACUCCCUUCCUUGUAUAACAGACUUCAUCAGAGAUAGCUAGUUAGCUAAAAAAUAAACAAAUAGAAAUUACACAUUUGACAUUGCAGCAGUACUCGCUGAACAGCUAGUGAGCGAUGCAUAACUUUUUCAAAGGUCAAAGCUGACCAAUAUUAUUCAGGGUGUGUUGUAUGGUUCUCCAUACUCCAUAUCCAUAUAUUGAAGGUGUUGGAUGUCGUGACUUGAUUUUAGUGGGAUGUGGCAGAUUAAUUUCAGUUCCUUUGGUUGAAAAAGCUUUGGUCCUAGGCACCAAACUGGCCCAGGGUUCAAUGCCUAAUUUAUGGGACACAUUAAAUUUUAGUCUUCAGGACCUAGAAAUAGGUAGCAGUUUUCAUGCCAGGAAAAAAGACUGACUUUAAAGAAAGCCAAAGACUCACUCAUUGCUUUGUACCCUAGAAAUGUUUCAUAGCGCACACAUAAACCCCACAUGAACCCAAGUGGCAUACAAAAUAAAUAUGGCUAUUCAACUUAUAUGGGUUACUCAAAGGCUUUGGCUUAUACACACCACUUGGACAGGAAGAUUUCAUUGUAUUUUGCUGAGAGAACACAGUACCACAGAAAACAAGCAGAGGUCUGCUAUUUGAGAUUAACAGUGGUUUCCAGGGACUGUAUGGUUGUCUAGCCUCAUUUUUUCAUGAAGUGGAAAAACGUAUCGGGGCAGCUUCACUGAUUAAAUAAUACUUUUCUAGUUAUAAUAUUUGAAGAGAACAUUUUCCCUUAAAAAUGUAAAAAGUAUAAUUGUAAAUUGAUACACUAUAUCCUCAAGGGCAUACAGUAUGUAUGGUGUUUCCUUGUAUUGUCACAUAGUCUCUCUGUUGUUCUUCAGACAGCAGUGUUAGACUUCAGAGUACAUUACAGCAUUAUAUUUUUUAUUUAUUGAUAAUACUGAUUUGUUGUAAAAAAAAUAAAAAAACUGUAUAUUAGAAUUUCAGUGGUACUAUGGGUUAGGACCCUUAAAAUUAUUAAUAUUUUCAUUCUUUUUGUUAUCUGUGUAGGUGAGUUACCUGUGUACAGUAAAAUGCGAAGGUAUAAUUUUUUUAUUUAUUUCAGAUAUAAUUUUUUAACUCAAGUGUAACAAAAAUUUUAGCUAUAUAUGGGUGGGGGUAAAUAAAGAUGAAAUAUCUACCAGGGUACAUCAUGCUUAGUAAAGCAGUGUUUUUCUGAGCUGUACAUACAGUAUAGAUGGUCAGUUCUUGACAUUGUACACGCGUUCCAGUCACCUCCGUGUAUAUGUACCAGACUCCUUGACAUUUAAAGCAUGAACCUAAAAAACCCGCAAAUGCUUGAAUCCAUGGCUUUAUUUUGCAUAUGGUAAUGGUCUCUGUGAGAUGAAGCAAAACGCAAAGCAAGGGGGAUGAGGAAAGAUUACCAAAAUGCUGUUAUAGAUUUUGUGCGUUCUCCUGACUGUCUUUUCACUGAGUAAACCUGAAUAUUUUUAAAGAAAUAAAAGUUUUGUUUUGAGAAAAAAACACUGUGCUGAUUUUAAAUUCCCCAAAUCUUCUGUUUACAAAGAACAAAUCUGGAAAGAGAAAGGGACUAUGGGAGCAUGGCAUUUCUAUGUGCUAAACCACAUCAAUUAUCAAUUGUUUUUCUGCUUUGAAUCACUUGCCAUUUGUCACAGUCAUGUACAGUACCAGAACUACAAAAAAGGCAAUGUGCCAUUAUAGCUUUAAGAAAUUGAUGUUUAUUUUUCAAAACCAUUCAAAACAGAACAGGCAUGUACUGUAUGGGGGUCUAUUUUCAACACCAACAGUGAGAAAUUUUACAAACAAAGUCAUAUUUUCCUGUGAGGUUAUUAAGAAAUCAUGCAGUACAAUUUGGUUAUGUUUUUCCUCUUUUACAGUUACUGGAAGUCCCUCAGAUGUUUGCUAAUGUAUGAUGAUUUUCAUAAAUACCAUUCAGUACAAAUAACUCAGUUUACAUUUUACAUAUUUCAGACAUUACUGGGCUGCAAAAGCAAUACAUAUGUUUGCUUCGCUCAGCAUGAUCAGAAGGACGUUGCAGACAGAUGUGUGGCUAUUUUAAGAAAAACAUUUGUUAAGUUAAAAGGUGCACACAGGAGCACAUUAAGUACAAUAAAGCUUAAGUCUGUCUAUCCAGGUGUGUCCAGUGUACCUGGCAAUAUUCUGCCCUUAAAUGGAAGCUUCACCCAUUCUGUUUUUUGAGAAGAGUAUUUGUUCGUUCACAUGCUGAAAAGUAGCCCAAAUAACAUACUGUGGGACAAAGUGAACUGUACUAUAAUAAAUAUUUAAGUUUGCAGUAGGUCUCCAUUUUUUUCACUUGUGUGCACUAUAUCAGAGGACAAAAUAUGAUGUCAUGUUCCAUUGGUAACAUAAGUAUAUUAACAUGGCGAGUUAAAUGUCUUUCAUUGACCCUCUUAAUUGGCAAAAAGACAAAAAAUCCUGAUUUGCUUUUAUUUUUUCUUUUAACUGUUAAUAUUUUCUUUGGCAGUAUGGGCCGUCCUUUAAUUCUUGAUGAAAAGAAUAUCCAGUUAUUUUUAGUCUAUGACCACUGCAAUUUUAUUAUUUUGGUAAUAAAAUUACCGCAAAUCUUAAUUUUUUUCCUUCACUGAAGCAUUUGUUGGCUUUUGAAUUUGUGCAACCUGGAUACUUUCCUCAUUUUACAUACAGAAUUGGGUAUUGGACUACUUUCUGUACAGUACAAACUUCAGUUACGUGACUGCUGUAAAUGUAUUUUAAUAAACGUGUUUUCCCUGAUGCUUGCUUUAAUAAUAAUAAUACGUUUUUAACAUUGGCCCUUUCAGCUGGCAAGGCUUUAAAAGGCAUAUAUUUGUUAGCAUCUGCAGUAGAUUUUUAUCUCCUUGUAAAAUUGUUUUGUUGGUUGCAAUAAAAUAACUGGGAGUUAGUGCUUUUUGGCUAGUUUAAAAGCCUUACUGGAUAAUAACUAUUUUACAAACCGUAUGAUUUACUUCUGGAAAUUUGCGGCACUUUUACAGAUCAGCUGCUGUUUAUGAAUGUGUGAGAAGGUUCUAUGAAAGAAAACAAUCUCCUCUGUAUAAAUAUUAUUCUCCUUACAGAUUAGUGUAAAUGUAUGAUUAUUUUACUCUCUCUGUAAAUAUUUUAAUUUCUCUUUUUUAUAUAAAUGUUAUUUAAUUUAGUUGUGUCUACAUCUUAUCCAUUGCACAGGAUACUGAAUAUGCAAUUGUUUAUGUAAAUGUAAUGUACUUUUCAAAAAAUCCCAUCAAAGGUUUUAAAAUUAUAAAGAAUGACCAUUGUGUAAUACCUGUUUAAGAUGUCAGUUGAUGUCAGUUUUCUUGGAAAUAAAGUGGGAAAUAUUAACAUUU